AUGGACGCCUCUGCCACUACAACGGCCCCCAGCUCGGGUUCCACUCCCGGCAUCCUUAUCAACAACCAGCCCUCGGCCUCGUCGCAGCCUGGCACCUCGGCUAGCGCCUCUAACAUGGCGCGGCUGAGGCGCGAGUCCAUAGCGCACUCUCAAGGUAUGGGGGGCGUCUCAUGGGGCUCGCUGACCAUCGGGUCGUGGCUCCGGGACGAGGUGAUGAUACACGCGCACAUGUCUGCCGCGCAUUCGAAUUCUGGGCCAGGGCCCGCGGCGGCCUCCCAGAACGCCGGCUCGUCCAACGUUGUUAAUCUCUCCAACGCUAAUUCUUUUUCGCCUCCCGGCGCUGCAUCUGCAUACCUACCUAACCUGGAGAAACAGUACUGUAAAGACUACUCAUGCUGCGGCUUGCUGCUGCCAGGCCUCCACGACCUAUUGAGGCACUACGAAGAGGCUCACAUAUCAACAUCCCCCGGAACCACCAACACUCAUGCUUCGUCGAUGGCAAAUAUACCGACAACUGCAGCCUCGGCCCACAACGUCACCGGCGCCCCAGGAGGUGUUGGCGCCAACUUUGUGGGCAUGUCAUCUUCCGCUCAGACGGCAAACAAUAACCUUCUGAAGAAGCAGCGCAUGGCUGCCAUGUACCAGCAGCAACUACAGCAUCAGGCGCACGAUCCCACCCAGACCCAGCAGCAACAGUUGCCGCAGAAUCACCAUCAGCAGCAACAGCAGCAGCAGCGCCUACAUAACAGCCAGCAGUCACCGCAUCAGCAGCCACAACAACAUCAGCAACAGCGUGGCCAACUGCAACAGCACAUCCAACAAGGCAUCCCGCAUCAGACUAAUCCGCAUACACAAGCACACAUACAGCAUUCCUUCUCACAAGAACAGCGUCAUAAUUUACAAUUUCAGCAAUCGCCGCCGCAGCAGCAACAGCAACAACAACAACAGCAACAGCAGCAUCAGACCCAGCUACAGCAGCAACUACAGAACCAAAUGCUCAACCAGGCCAUGCAGCAACAGCUACAUGGUGUUUCGCACAACCCCUCUUCAAACACCACUAGCAAUGUUCAGCAGCUUCAUCUUAACGGUAACCUGGUAGAUGCUGUCUCAACUAAUGAAGUGUUUUUACAGACAGGUGCUGCUCAAAGCGGGAAAGCAGGGAAUAUGAUGAACCCUAGCUUGGGCAAUGGAAGAUUUAGCAACAACAAGAUGCAGGCAGCAUUUAAUAACUAUUCUCUAAACAUGCAGCCGAUGUCCAAACACGGUAUGGAUGCCUCAACUCUCCAGCAGCAACAAUUUCAACAUCAACAACAACAACAGUUUCAUCAGCAACCGCAGCAGCAGCAUGCCCAUCAAUACCAACAGCAACAGCUAAGACAGCAACAGCGGCCAGGCUCUCAAGUCCAGCAGCAACAACAGCACAGGCCAGUUACCGGCAUGUCGAACUCUUCACUCCAAAGAAGUCGUGUUCCUUCCCAGGUGAAUACGGCGGCUGCCGGCAUUGAUUUGGAUUUCAUGGAUGCUGACAUAAUUGAUGACCUUCACGAUGGUAGCGCUAUUAUGGGAGCUGCUCCAUCUUUAACAGCAGAAGUUGCAAAGGCGUGGAAGCAAGUUGACGUGGACCCUGCCUCCAAGAUGCCAACCCAUCGGACAAAGUUGGGUGGCGCGCAGGACUCUGAUGAUAGCAGUAUGAGCGAAGAUGACGAGGAAGACGAGGUUACCACCGCUGCCGUUCCCGCAACAGCAGCUAAUAAGCGCAAGCAACAGGCUGGAUUCAUUGACGACCCGGCCAGGAGACUCUACGUCAUGGACCAUGAAGAGCAUAAACCGUUUAAAUGUCCCGUCAUUGGCUGCGACAAAACUUAUAAGAAUCAAAAUGGGUUGAAGUACCACAAACUGCAUGGUCACCAAAACCAGAAACUGCACGAGAAUCCGGACGGCACUUUCAGCAUAAUAGACCCUGAAAGCAAUGAGCCUUAUCCUGAUGGCAUGGGAUUUGAAAAGGAUAAGCCCUACCGCUGUGAGGUAUGCGGUAAAAGAUACAAGAACUUGAAUGGGCUGAAAUAUCAUAGAGGACAUUCUACGCAUUGA